GCCCCCUGCCUCAGCUUCACAUUAGGAAGGUAACAUCGGUGAUCCAACAGCCAGGAUGUUAGACAACGAAGAGUUCAUAUUAGAGACUUCUCCGAGGGAGCUCACUCAAAACCCGCUCAAGAAGAUCUGGAUGCCGUGCAGAAACGGGCACAUAGCUCAGAGACGGGUGUGUAUGACAAACUGCCCGACCCUCAUUGUGACUGUUGGACUUCCAGCUCGAGGCAAGACUUACAUUUCAAAGAAGCUCACUCGCUAUUUAAACUGGAUUGGUGUGCCAACCAAAGAGUUCAAUGUUGGCCAGUACCGGAGGGAGUGUCUGAAGAUCUACAAGUCCUUUGAGUUCUUCCGUCCAGACAAUGAAGAGGGAUUAAAAAUCAGACGUCAGUGUGCAUUGGCGGCACUAAAUGAUGUUCGGCACUACCUGAGUGUCGAAGGAGGACAGGUGGCGGUGUUUGAUGCCACAAAUACAACAAGAGAAAGAAGAGGAACUAUUGUCAAGUUUGCUGAGCAGAAUGGGUUCAAGGUAUUUUUUGUGGAGUCUGUGUGUGAGGACCCAGAUGUCAUUGCACAAAAUAUAGUGCAAGUUAAGUUGGGCAGUCCAGACUACAUGCACUGCAACACAGAGGAGGCCAUUGAGGACUUCAUGAAGAGGAUCAAGUGUUACGAGUCCUCCUAUCAGCCUCUGGACGAGGUCCUGGACAGGGAUCUGUCCUACAUAAAGAUCAUGGACGUGGGCUGUCGUUACCUAGUGAACCGCGUCCUUGACCACAUCCAAAGCCGAAUCGUCUACUACCUGAUGAACAUCCACAUCACGCCACGCUCCAUCUACCUGUGUCGCCACGGGGAGAGCGACCUCAACAUCAAGGGACGGAUCGGAGGAGACUCUGGCUUAUCACCCAGAGGAAAAGAGUAUGCCAAAAGUCUGAGAAAGUUCAUCCAGGACCAGAACAUCAACGACCUAAAAGUGUGGACCAGCCAGAUGAAGAGGACAAUCCAGACAGCGGAGAGCCUGGGAGUCCCAUACAAACAGUGGAAGUCCCUCAACGAAAUUGAUGCUGGUGUGUGUGAGGAAAUGAUGUAUGAGGAGAUUCAAGAGCAUUACCCUCUGGAGUUUGCACUGAGAGACCAAGACAAGUACCGCUACCGCUAUCCUAAAGGAGAGUCUUAUGAAGACCUGGUGCAGCGACUGGAGCCAGUGAUGAUGGAGUUGGAGAGACAGGAGAAUGUUUUGGUGGUUUGUCACCAGGCCGUCAUGCGUUGUCUUCUUGCAUAUUUCCUGGACAAGACUGCAGAUGAGUUGCCUUAUCUUAAGUGUCCUUUGCACACGGUGCUGAAGUUGACCCCCAUGGCUUACGGAUGUAAAGUGGAGCCUGUCUAUUUAGGCGUGGACUCUGUGAACACACACAGAGACAGACCCGAGGUAGGUAUCCCAGGCAGCACACAGAAAUGUCUCUCAGCAGACGACGUAGACAACUUCAAUCCACUUCAGGGGUGAUUCACCUCACUGCCUUUUCAAUCCAGUUCAUCUGUGACCGGGGACUCCAUUUGAUUCGGGAGAAUCUUUAAACUGUGAAAGCUUUGUGUGCCUUUCUUUAAUGAUUUCUAGAGAGGCACAUUGUAUGUGUUCCAUCGUAUUUAGUGUGUAUGUCCGUCGUAAAGCAGGCCUAGCAGUCAGUGCUGAUCCGUCCCUCUCUUCUCAUUGCACAGAGAAUGUAAAUCUUUUCAAACGUGUUCAGACUCCGCCAAUCCCUGACUGCAAUUAAGACAGCUGUGACUUACCAUUGACACUCCUACCUCUGUCUUGUCAGCAUUGACUUUAUGGUCGGAGCAGAAUUUAUCUUUUUUUUUUUUUUAUAUCCCAAGUUUUGUCCUACAUCGGUACUGAGAGCUCAACGCACUGCAACUUAAGAAAACUCAUGAAAUGAGACAAAUUUCUGCCAAAUAAAAAAACGCAGCCUUACAUAAAAACUCUGCAAAUCACCCAGAACACAAUGAAAAUAAGUUUUAAAAAAAAUCAGUUGUAUUCACUUUAUAGAAAUAAACAAAUGUGUUUUUCUGAUUCUUAUUUUUUUUCUUAUUGAAACAUUCUAAUUGCAUGCUUCAGAAUUUAAUUGGUAAACUGGUAAUCAGCCAAGGGCCAACGCUAGAUUAACAGCAGAUAUCGAAAAUAAUAUCUGAAUCAUGCAAUCCCAAUGUUAUGCCUAAAGCUGCCUAAAACUGCAGUUCCUCACCUGGCCACCUGAGGUUGGCUCCAAAAGUGAGUCAAUAUCCAUAUGUAUGUUAAAAUGCCUAAGUUUAGACCAGAAAUAAAAAUGUUCUCUUCUGCUAAUUUUCACAUUUGUGACGGCAGUAGAUGGAGUAAACAUUUAUAUACCUCAACCGUUUACAUUUUAUAAUUAAGGAGGGUGGCCGCUUUAAGUUACCAGUGGGUGGCGUACCAGGUCGCUAGCUGCUAGCUGUCUGCUCGGCUGCCUCAGCUCCAACGACAUUCCUCCUCUUUGCCCAUUUUUAGAGUUGAGUUGUGUCGUCACUGCCCAGAUUGCAUCGGCUUGAGCCACCCUCUUUGAGUGGCUCUACAGACACCAAUGGGUGACGAUAAUGAGAGUACGUCCAUAUUUAUUGCACGGUCUACAGUUUUGACUAGUUGCAGUGCAUUGAAAUCUCAGGGCCAGCGCAUUUCCUUCCAUUUCACAUCUUUGUACGGACUACAUAACUGGAAUCCAGAGACAGAACAAAUCACUCAGUUGUGUGCGUGUGUGUACUUGUGCACUUGUGCAUAAUGAAUGUUACCCUGAUUAUCUUAUCGGAAAGACUUAUUUUUUUUAUACUUUAUGUAUGCAAGUGAAAAAUACAUUUAACCUCACCAUACAUGUUUCUGCAUAUGAAUUGAAUUAAAAUGUUAUUUUCAUUUUUUCAAAUUUUAGACAUUAAACCUCCACUUGAAUCAAGAUGUUUGGCGUUAACUAUAAUAUAAAUGUUAACUUGUAUUUGGAGAACACACAUGCUUAAAUCAUUUCAUCAAGUGUAACUAUUUCCGAUUUUUUUUUUGUGUGA